AUGGCCACCUCGGCGGCAAUGGACGACGCAGCGCAGACUGCUGGUCUGCCACGACCACAAGUGUCUAUACCACAGAUCGACAGCUCACCGAUGCCACUAUUUACUCCUGCACAGCUCGAACCGGCGUUCGAGUCCACACCUGCAAUCGCCAUUGAUCCCAUUGCCCUCAUUACCACAGAAUGUAUUACAAUCACCUCUGCCAUGCGCAAACACGCGCGAUGGUCCCAGUCUUCGGUGUCGACGAUAUUGGGUGGGGGAGCUGCCAGACUGCAAGAGUCGGAAAUGCGACGAUCGUCUUCACAAAAUCGACGAGGAAGCAGGACACCUGUGAUUUCGGAUCCGGCGAAGGCGAGAUCAAGUAUACCCAACGGUUCGGACGAUGAGAAUGCUAGCUUGGCCGAUCGAUGGGGUCUACGGGGAAAGAAGGGAAAGAGCAUGGCCGACAAUCCUCUUCUGGCGGCAUUCUCGCGCCUGAGGAGAGAUCUCGCAGGUUGCAGGGAUGUUCGUACGGUCGACGCUCCUGAGUUGCUGCAUCCCUUCUUGCAGGUCAUUCGGAGCUCGUCGACCAGCGCUGCGAUUACUAGUCUGGCUGUCAUCUCGAUCACAAAGUUCUUUGCGUACAAUAUCAUCACGAUCAAGAGCCCGAGGAUCGGGCCAGCGAUGCAUCUCCUCAGCGCCGCGAUCACUCAUUGCCGUUUCGAGGCUAGUGACACGGCGGCAGAUGAGGUGGUUCUGCUAAGAAUACUGCGGCUCAUGGAAAACAUCAUCUCUCGACCUGAAGGACAAUUGUUGGGCGAUGAAAGUAUCUGUGAGAUGAUGAGCACUGGCUUGAGCAUGUGCUGUCAGGCCCGGCUUUCGGAGGUCCUGAGACGGUCGGCAGAGAUUGCAAUGGUUACCAUGUGUCAGGUCGUGUUCAGCAGAUUGAGGUACUUGAAGGUGGAAGAAAUAAACAAGACCAGAAGUCGAUCGAAUACGAGGACGACUUUGGUUAGCGCCACUGAUGACCUCAAGAUUGAGCCGCCGAUGACCGGGAGUGUAAUGGGAAACGGUGUCUCGGAACGCACAAGUGUUGAUGUUGAACAAACACCGACCUCUGCCCAGGGUGUUGCAGAGGUGGUGGCAAAAUCUUUGGGUGCAGAACCCAAGAACACUGCAGCGCCGGCGAGUCGGAGCGAGGACGAAAAUGUCACCCCUUAUGCGCUCCCAUCUAUCAAGGAGCUCUUUCGCGUGCUGAUUGACCUCCUCGACCCGCAUGACAGGACGCAUACCGAUCCUAUGAGGAUCAUGGCACUUCGGAUUAUCGAUGUCGCGUUGGAGGUCUCCGGUCCUUGGGUUGCCAAGCAGCCUAUUCUCGCCGGACUUGUUCAGGACGACUUGUGCCGACAUUUGUUCCAGCUCGUUCGGUCUGACAACAUGGUCCUGCUGAACAGCUCGUUGCGAGUCGCUGGGACGUUAUUAGCGACAUGCAGGCAAUUACUGAAGCUUCAGCAGGAAUUGUUUUUGUCCUACCUAGUGGCCUGUCUUCAUCCGCGCGUCGAUAUACCUCAAGAGCCGGGCAUUGAUCCGUCGCUCUACGAGGGUGUACCACAAGCACCCAAGUUGGUCAAGCCGGCUCCAUCUCAGCCUAGUAGUGGUCGAUCGACUCCUGUACCGAUCAAGGAUAGGCGUCAAUUGGGGCUUGAAGGCGGUUCCAGACGACCGGAAGCAAGAGAAGCCAUGGUUGAGGCUAUCGGCACUCUGGUCCGCAUGCCCGGCUUUAUGGUGGAACUGUUUGUCAACUACGAUUGCGAGGUCGAUAGACAAGACCUUUGUGAAGACAUGGUGGGGCUACUGUCGAGGAAUGCAUUCCCUGAUUCGGCCACAUGGAGUACGACGAACGUGCCGCCGCUUUGUCUCGACUCAUUGCUCAGUUUUGUACAAUUCAUGGCGGAGAGACUCGGUCAAGAAACCCCAGCUGGCACCGAAGAGCGAAUAGAAAGGAUGCGGCAUCAGAGAGUGAGGAAGAGAAUCAUCAAGAGUGGUGCUUCUAAGUUCAACGAUGAUCCGAAAGCAGGGAUUGCUUUUCUGGUGAAAAGUGGCAUCAUCGAAAACCCAGAUGAUCCUCUGCAGGUUGCUCAAUUCCUCAAAGGGACGACGUACGUGUCGAAGAAAACUCUCGGCGAAUUUUUGACGAAGAAGAACAAUGAUCGACUUUUGACGGCGUUCAUCGGCCAGUUCAAUUUCGAGGACAAGCGAAUUGACGAAGCUCUGCGGGAAGUCCUUGGCUCGUUCCGUCUUCCUGGCGAGUCGGCACUCAUCGAGCGAAUCGUCAACAAUUUCACGGAGAGAUACUGCUCGCAGGUAUCUCCUGAGGAGAUCGCCGACAAGGAUGCUGCAUUUGUCCUGACCUAUGCGAUCAUCAUGCUCAACACGGAAUUGUACAAUCCUAAUAUCAAAUCACAGAAGCGAAUGGCCGUGGAGGACUUUGCCAGAAAUUUGCGUGGCGUUAAUACCGGCAAAGACUUUGCGCCAGAGUUCCUCCAGGAGAUCUACGAUGCAAUCAAGCAGAAUGAGAUUAUUCUGCCUGAUGAACACGAGAACAAACAUGCCUUCGAUUAUGCCUGGAAGGAACUACUAAUGAAGACGAGCAAUGCAGGAUCCUUGGAAAUAUGUAACACUAAUGCCUUUGAUGCAGAGAUGUUCAAAGCGACGUGGCGACCCAUCAUCGCAACGCUUUGCUAUGUGUUCAUGUCGGCUUCAGACGACGCAGUCUUUUCGCGGGUCGUGGUUGGAUUCGACCAGUGCGCACAGAUUGCGGCACAGUAUGGCAUAAACGAGGCAUUCGAUCGCAUUGUCUAUAGUAUCAGCCAGAUCAGCGGCCUGGCGACGGAGAUUUCUCCCAGUACUGCGUUGAACACUGAGGUGCAGGUCGGAAAGAAGAGCAUCAUGGUCAGUGAACUUGCUGUCCGGUUGGGACGAGACUUCCGAGCUCAACUGUCGACCGUGCUACUGUUCCGCAUUCUAUCGGGACACGAAACCGCCGUUGGCGAUACGUGGUUGUACGUCGUCCGAAUCUUGAGGAACCUCUUCGUCAACUCGCUCAUCACGCUGCCGACGAUAGAAGGUACGAAGCUUGCCGGAACGGGUACGAUCCCACUGCAACCACCGUCGCAAGUCAUUGACCGUGAUGGACGACUUAGUGAAAGUGGUCUCCUGUCAACUUUCACGUCGUACCUGUCGAGCUAUGCUGCAGACGAUCCGCCGGAACCGUCGGAGGAGGAAUUGGAAAACACGCUCAGCGCGGUGGACUGCAUCAAGGCGUGUCAGCCCGAUCUCGUGCUCAAGCACAUGGCUGCUCUUGGCCCUGCACAGAUUAAAAGUCUUGUCGCCGCGCUGCUUUCGCAGGUGGAUGAGUCUUCGCCUGUGGUUACUGUCAAGCCUGAGCGGCCUGUCCCAGUCACGGCGAGAAUGAAUGGCCAUCGAAUGCCUAAGGCAGGCGCCGAGUAUGAUCCUGGGAGUAUCUUCUUGCUUGAGCUCGCGACCAUGCUUACGCUGCGUGAUGACGAGACGAUUGCUGCUGCCGGUGAGACUUUAACGGCGACGCUGUUGAAUGCGGUGAGGGAUGCUUCGAAUCUGCAUCCUCUGGCUGCGUCGAGGGUGGUGCAUUACCUCAUGGAGGUGCUGAGGUACAGCUACAAUCACGAUUUUAUGCGCGCUCCAGUCGUGCUCCACGCCAUUUCCAGCUUCGACGAUACCGUGCUUGAUCGCACCGCGUCCACCAUCACGCAGGGUCUGGCAAGUUGCAUCGCAGCUCCAGGACCAUUGACAAACGAGAUCACAACGUCUCCGGACUUUUGGUCUAUAUUGCAACGACUGCACCAACACAAACAGGAAGCAGAGACUGUCUUUGCUGUUCUUACGACGCUGGCUACAUCCAACCCGAGUACUGUGACAGCAGACAACUUUGAGUCUGCUAUAGACUUGGCCAAUGACUUUGCUGCGGCCGGAUCGAUUGGCUCAAUUCAGGACAAACGCAAAGACUUCGCCGCCAGGCGAGGUCAACAGGCGAAACCAGCACGAGAUGAAGAUAUCGCCUCGGUACAGCGAGCUAACAAAGCCAUUAGCUUAAUUUACCAGCUCAGCGAUCGAGUCCCAGGUCUGAUUGCACAAUCGCAUCUUGAGCGAAACGAGGCGUGGGCUGCAUACUGGUCGCCAAUCUUCCGAGCUUUGUGCACGCAGUGUGUCAACCAUUGUCGGGAAGUUCGACAUCGUGCUCUCUCGGCUCUACAGCGGACGUUGCUGUCAGAGUACGUGGCCGACCAGGAACAACAUACCGAGUGGAUCGCCAUCUUUGACGAGGUUCUAUUUCCGAUGACGUUGAGGCUGUUGAAGCCCGAGGUGUACCAAAUCGACCCGCAUGGGAUGAACGAAUCGCGCGCCCACGCUGCAAGUAUACUUUGUAAGAUAUUUUUGAGGUAUCUUGACCGGCUGGUCGAAGUGGGCAGAAUGAAAGAUGUGUGGAUGAAGGUCUUGGAGCUACUCGACCGGUUGAUGAAUGCCGGCACAGAAGGUGAUGCUCUGGCCGAAGCUGUGCUUGAGGGUGUCAAGAAUGUCCUGCUCGUUAUGGACGGGACAGGGUACCUGGGGAGAGAUGAGGAUUCAAAUGGUGCUGCGUCAAACACACCUGUGGCUGCGCCCGUGGGAAGUGAUGGUCAAGCUGAAGGCGAGGAUGAGGAUGAGGGCAAUGGUCCACAAGAGAAGGUGCAGGAGAUACAAAUUUGGCCGGAGACAGUCAGACGCUUGGAUAGGUUUCUUCCUGGCUUGGUGGAGGAGUUGUUCCCGCCGCCGCCUGCACUUGUUGCCGCUCCUGCGUCUGCGCCCGCGCCCGCUCCUGCAGAGGCCAAAAUAGCAGAGAAGGAAGGCGCUGAUGAAGAGCCAGAGACGAUCCAGGCAUAG